AUCACUUCCUAGAUAUUGCAUUUUUAAUGUUUAUUUGAUUUGGGUACGGUCUCGAUCAGAUAGUAUAAUUGGGACUUUGUUAGAUAUCCCAAAAAAGACAAAAUAUCAUGAAAAUGCUCGUUUUGACUUAAAAGAGAUGGGUAUUAGAAAGAAACUUCAUCCUAUGAUGACAAAUGAUGGUAAAUGUGUAAUGUAUGCAAAGGCAUGUUUUUCUAUAACUUCUAAUGAGAAGACUAUUUUUUGUGGUGUCUUGAAGAAAGUAAAAAUGCCAGAUGGUUGUGCUUCAAAUAUUUCAAGAUGUGUUCAACUUAAGGACAAGAAAGUUAGUAGCUACAAGAGUCACGAUGCACAUUUCAUGCUGCAUUACUUGCUUCAAGUAGCUGUGAGAAGCACUAUGUCUAACCAGGUUUCCCAUCUAGUAAUUGGUCUUUGUUCAUUAUUUCGUUGUUUAUGUCAGAAAGUUGUUGACUUGACAGAUUUGAAUAUCUUACAAUUAGAUAUUAGAAACACUUUGUCAAUUAGAAACCAUUUUCUCCCUAGUUUCUUUGAUGUGAUGGUUCAUUUGCCUAUACAUCUUGUAAAUGAGGUAAGAUCCGGAGGGCUAGUUCAGUUUCAGUGGAUGUAUUUUCUUGAAAGAUAUUUAGGUAACUUGAAGAGUUAUUUUCGUAAUAAAAGUUGUGUCGAAGGUUCUAUUGCCGAAGGAUACUUGGUUGAAGAAUGUUUGACAUUUUGCUCCCGAUACUUGCAUAAUGGGGUGGAAACAAGACUAAAUAGAAUGACAAGGAAUUCUGAUAGAUGUGUUACUAACGAAGCUGAAAGUCCAAUUUUUUUUUCUAGAAUUGGUCAUCUUAUUGGAGGAAAGAAAAAUGGUGAAGCAAUGUUUUUGGACUACAAGUCAAGUGAACAUGAGAAAGAAAAUUAAAACCUGAAUAAAAGAAAAAGGUGGAACAGAGCAAGAAGUCAAGGGAAUGAUUUUGUUGAAUGGUUCAAAAAGCGUGCUUUGUUGGGAGAUGUUUCCGACCAACUUAAAAGUCUUUCUAGAGGACCAAAUACAGUUGCAUGACGAUUUUCUGGCAAUGUCAUUAAUGGUUACAGGUUUUACACCAAGCAGCGUGAUGCAAGGUGUACAACACAAAAUAGUGGUGUAACAUUUGAAUCAAUAACUACAAGCGUUGCAAGUUCCAAAGAUGAUAACCCAAUAAUUGAAUUAGUUACUUACUAUGGAUCAAUUACUGAAAUAAUUGAGGUGGAUUAUUAUGGUAAUUUCAAGUUUGUUCUUUUUAGAUGUGAUUGGUUUGAAGUUGAAGAUGAUAUGGGUUGAUAUGCGUUCACUUCAACAAGGGAUAUUGUAUGGAAGAUCCUUUUGUAUUGGCUUCUCAAGUCCGUCAAUGCUUCUAUAUUCAAGAUCCUUUCAAUGCAAAUAGGAACUAUGUUAUGAAAACUGUUCCUAGGGAUUUUUUUUUUUUUAAUUUGCAAGAACAAUCUGAGUCAAAUGCCCAACAAUCUUUUCUAAGUGAA